GGUCCCUUGCCGCUGCGAGAUGACAAUGGCGUGGUGCUCUUGGGAGAACGGGCCUCUAAAUGUCGAGCUUACGCCAAGGCCCUCCAUUAUAAGGAGCUGGAAUUCCAGAAGGGAGCCACACCGUCCAUAUUGGAGUCUCUGAUCAGCAUUAACAAUAAGCUCCAGCAGCCGGAGGCAGCAGCCGGGGUCUUAGAGUUUGCCAUGAAGCAUUACGGGGAAUUGGAGAUCCAGGCUACCUGGUACGAGAAGCUCCACGAAUGGGAGGACGCCCUGGUGGCCUACGAGAAGAAGCUGGAGGUGAACAAGGAUGACUCGGAGUUGAUUUUGGGGCGCAUGCGAUGCCUGGAGGCGCUGGGAGAAUGGGGACAGCUCCAUCAACAGUGCUGCGAGAACUGGACCAACGUCAAUGAGGAUGCCCGUGCCAAGAUGGCGAGAAUGGCAGCAGCCGCAGCGUGGGGAUUAGAGCAGUGGGACAGUAUGGAGGAGUACACGUGUCUGAUUCCCCGAGAUACCCAUGACGGGGCUUUUUACAGAGCUGUGCUGGCUCUGCAUCAGGAUCUCUUCUCUCUUGCCCAGCAGUGUAUUGACAAAGCCAGAGACAUGCUGGAUGCAGAACUGACAGCCAUGGCUGGGGAGAGCUACAGCCGGGCCUACGGGGCCAUGGUCACCUGUCAGAUGCUGUCGGAGCUGGAGGAAGUAAUCCAGUAUAAGUUGGUGCCAGAGCGGAGGGAGAUUAUUCGUCAGACCUGGUGGGAUCGGCUACAGGGCUGUCAGCGGAUCGUAGAAGACUGGCAGAAGAUCCUGAUGGUCCAGUCCCUGGUGGUUGGCCCCCACGAGGACAUGAGGACGUGGCUGAAGUACGGCAGCCUGUGCAGCAAGAGCGGGCGUCUGGCUCUGUCUCAUAAGACUCUAGUGAUGCUGCUUGGCGUGGACCCAGCGCUGGAGAGUGACCAGCCCUUACCCACCGCUCACCCGCAGGUCACCUACGCCUACAUGAAGUACAUGUGGAAGAGCACACGAAAGAUCGAGGCCUUCCAGCACAUGCAGAAGUUCGUGAACAACGUGCAGCUCCAGGCCCAGCACGUUGCCGAUGAUCCUCAGCACAAGCAGGAACUGCAGAAACUCAUGGCACGAUGUUACCUGAAACUGGGUGAAUGGCAGCUGAACUUGCAGGGCAUUAAUGAGUGCACAAUCCCCAAUGUGCUGGAGUAUUACAAUGCCGCGACAGACCAUGACACCACCUGGUAUAAGGCCUGGCACGCCUGGGCAGUCAUGAACUUUGAAGCCGUGCUACAUUUCAAGCACCAAAACCAUCCACGGGACGAGAAGAAGGUUCGCCACCCGAGCAAUGCCAGCGCCCACACUGAGGGGAGCGAGAGUGAGAGCGAAGGCGAGAGCCGCGAGAACAGCCCAGUGCCGUCACCAGUGCAGAAGAAACCAUCUGAGGACAUCUCUCACAGUCUGCUGCAGUAUACGGUCCCGGCCGUGCAAGGAUUCUUCCGCUCCAUCUCCCUGUCCCGAGGAAACAACCUGCAGGACACACUAAGAGUUCUCACUCUUUGGUUUGACUACGGCCACUGGCCAGAUGUGAACGAAGCCCUAGUGGAAGGCAUCAAAACCAUCCAGAUCGACACCUGGCUACAGGUCAUUCCACAGCUCAUUGCCAGAAUAGACACCCCCAGGCCUCUGGUUGGUCGAUUGAUCCACCAAUUGCUGACAGAUAUUGGAAGAUACCACCCACAGGCUCUCAUCUAUCCGCUCACAGUGGCCUCCAAGUCGACGACCACCGCACGCCACAACGCGGCCAAUAAGAUCCUAAAGAACAUGUGUGAGCACAGCAACACGCUGGUACAACAGGCCAUUAUGGUAAGCGAGGAGCUGAUCCGCGUGGCUAUUCUGUGGCAUGAGAUGUGGCACGAAGGCCUGGAGGAAGCAUCACGCUUGUACUUUGGUGAGAGGAAUGUGAAGGGGAUGUUCGCAGUGCUGGACCCUCUACAUGCCAUGAUGGAAAGGGGACCUCAGACCCUGAAGGAGACAUCAUUCAAUCAGGCCUAUGGGAGAGAUCUGAUGGAAGCUCAGGAUUGGUGUCGGAAAUACAUGAAAUCGGGGAAUGUGAAAGAUCUGACGCAGGCCUGGGACCUUUACUACCACGUCUUUAGAAGAAUCUCCAAACAGCUGCCGCAGCUAACGUCACUGGAACUUCAGUACGUCUCGCCCAAGCUUCUAAUGUGCCGAGAUCUGGAGCUAGCUGUGCCAGGAACAUACGACCCCAAUCAACCGAUAAUACGUAUCCAGUCCAUAGCAGCUUCUCUGCAAGUCAUCACCUCCAAGCAGAGGCCAAGGAAGCUGACACUGAUGGGAAGCAACGGCCAUGAAUUCAUGUUUCUUCUGAAGGGUCACGAAGACCUGCGCCAGGAUGAGAGGGUGAUGCAGCUCUUCGGCCUGGUGAACACGCUGCUAGCAAAUGAUCCGGCAUCUCUGCGGAAAAACCUCAGCAUCCAGAGAUAUGCGGUCAUCCCUCUGUCCACAAACUCGGGCCUGAUUGGUUGGGUGCCACAUUGCGACACUCUGCAUGCUCUGAUCCGAGACUACCGGGAGAAGAAGAAGAUACUGCUGAACAUAGAGCACCGCAUCAUGCUAAGGAUGGCUCCAGAUUACGACCAUCUGACCCUCAUGCAGAAGGUGGAGGUGUUUGAACAUGCUGUGAACAACACUGCCGGGGAUGAUCUUGCCAAGCUGCUCUGGCUAAAAAGCCCCAGCUCCGAGGUCUGGUUUGACAGAAGAACUAAUUACACCCGCUCUCUGGCAGUGAUGUCCAUGGUGGGGUACAUCCUGGGGCUAGGUGACAGACAUCCUUCCAACUUGAUGCUGGACCGGCUCAGUGGGAAAAUUCUACACAUUGACUUUGGUGACUGUUUCGAGGUGGCCAUGACCAGAGAGAAGUUCCCAGAGAAGAUCCCAUUCCGGCUAACGAGAAUGCUGACCAACGCUAUGGAGGUAACCGGCCUGGAUGGAAACUACCGCAUCACCUGCCACACAGUAAUGGAGGUUCUACGGGAACAUAGAGACAGUGUUAUGGCCGUACUGGAGGCCUUCGUGUAUGAUCCACUCCUCAACUGGAGGCUGAUGGACACCAAUAUAAAGGCCACCAAGCGUUCCCGUACGCGGACAGAUUCCUAUUCCGCCGGACAGUCUGUCGAAAUGCUGGAGACGGUGGAACUUGGGGAGACGGCACAUAAGAAGCCAGGGAGCACCGCUCCCGAGUCUAUACAUACAUACAUUGGCGACGGCUUGGUUCAGCCAGAAGCUCUGAAUAAAAAAGCCAUUCAGAUUAUUAACAGGGUCCGAGAUAAGCUAACAGGUCGAGACUUUUUACAUGAAGAAACUUUGGAUGUGGCCACACAAGUGGAGCUGCUGAUUAAACAAGCCACGUCGCACGAGAACCUCUGUCAGUGUUAUAUUGGAUGCCAGACAGGACACAAAUCCAAACCUUCCAUCAGAUAUAACAGCUCCCAUCUCUAUAUUACAUCCGUGCUGUGCCUGGAGUCCAACUUUGAGUUCCUGAAGGGCCAUAAUGUUCAUUAA